UGCAGAGCUGCGCACGGGUUUUUGGGCUAUGAACUCACCUACAAGUCUUUCAUAGCGAUUCCAUCAUCGACAUCCCAACAAUUUUUAGUUUUGAGGGCUACUCAGUCAAAGGAGGCAUCAAUUUUUGUACCAAAGGUCCUAAAGAGAAAAGGCAUGGGAAGAGACUGUGUUGCAAAAAAAUUCAUUAAUUUUAUCGUCGGCUUCGCUUUUAGGGUGGUGUCAAAAUGUGAUACAUCAGUUGAUGUUUGGUCACUUAUGGUCCUAGCCAAACAAACUCCAUCAGUUGAGCAUCCUUUUCUCCCUCCUUUGAAUGAGGGCCUAACUACUACUGCUUAUGAACAACGGGUUGCAUUUCUCUAUUUCAAGGAUGAUGUUGACCUAACAGAAGAUACCACCUUUUGUUACAGAGCUAAUGAAGAGAUAAUCUAG